AUGAAGGUUCCCAUCAUUACAUUUUGCCUGAUUGGAGCAGUCUUUUCCAACCCGACUGAAAGUGUGUCUGUUUCACAAUCGUCUGAAAAUGACACCUCAGAGCUUCAGAGCCCAGAGGAAAACACCUCAAAUCAGAGCUCAGAGUCAGAAUCAUUAGAAUCCACAGAGAACACAUUGGAGGACACAUCAGAGGACACUUCAGAGGACACAUCAGAGGACACAUCAGAGGACACGACUUCAGAAGAGAGUGACAGUCAGUCGAAUGAGAUGGACUCCAUGCUUGACACCAAAGAUGAUAGUAUGGGCAGUGAAGAGAAUGUCAGAAAGAGCUGGGUGCGAGUGUUUACAAAUACAGUGAAAGCCCUUAGCGCAGAGGACAGCAAUGAGCUGCCCAACACAAACCUGCUGGUGAACCCCACAGACAGCAGUGACAGCACCAGUGACAGCAUAGAAACCACAACUGCCACCAAUGACAGCAAUGAAAGCAAAGACAGCUCCAGCAGCGAGAGCAGCGAGAGCAACGAGAGCAACGAGACCAAAGACAGCAGCGACAGCACCAGGGACUGUGUGAAUGGCACUCAGAGCUGCGAAAGUGAGGAGCGUUUCUUCCAGAGUGUAGGAGAUGAUGCUCAUUUCUCAGUGGAUAAUCUGAUGGUGCCAGAUGAGGAUGACAGGGAGUUAAUGCUGCGAAGAUGA